ACAUGCAACCAAAACCGGACCCAGUCUUUCCCAUAUCUCAGCGGCAUAUAUAGCAACCCAUCUGUAAAUAUUGACUUUAAAAGGGAAACGUUUGUUUACAAGAUCGACGUUGACUACCACAUCUUUACUGUUUCAAUUUGGUCGACAGCGGAAUAUUGUCACGCUGAAGGUUGGCUCGAUGGCAAAAGAGAAAAUAUAAGGGAAAGUUUUGUGAUUGGUCUGUCGAUGCCCUUAACAAUAAGAAUAUACGUGGUAGACACUGAUAUGGCUCGACAUAUGCAUUCUCGAAUCUACUACACAUUGAUACUCACCCGGCGACCUCGUGGCCAACUUGGGAUGUUGCCCAGAAACGCCAAUCAUAGUGUGUGCCUUAUAAAACAAGAAUGUGACAAAAUGAUUUUCCCUGAUCAACCGUGUGGAUUGCAAGCGACUGGUCAUGGUUCAUGGAACACUUUUACAAGCCAGAGCGCCAAGCUACCAGAAUGCGAGUCUGCAAACAUACAGGGGAGUUGGCUGGUACCAUGUGUUCAGUGUUCUGAUGACGACAGUUGCUAUUGGAAACAGGCAAUGUGGCAGCCUUACGGUAGAAAAUGUAGCUAUCAUAUGCCUGUUAAGGAAGAGGUAGAAAGCAGCUACGAUGAUAAAAAUAUUCUUUUCCUUGGCGAUUCCACUCUUCGCGGGAUGAUGUACUAUAUACUUGAGUAUCUUAAUGGAAGCCUCACUGAUUGGGAAAUGUCCCAUGGGGCACUCCUAUACAAUAACAUAAACAGAGGACGCACAAAUAUGAGUUUUAUGUACUAUCCCGGCCUCGAUGAAGAUCCACCCACUAUCAAAACUGCUCUGAAAACAUUGAUAAAAUUGUCUCAACCAGUUAAGAAUUCUAGCAGUACUGUGCUAGUGGUGGGACGCUUUAAGAAUAUUGAUAAGAGCGACUUUCCGCUCCUGAUGUCCACGCUGAAAGAGCUGGGACUAACUGGGAUCAAGUUAGUUAUGAAGACAAUGGGUUUCAGUAGAUGCCAGGUAGAUGUGGCUGCUGCUGUUAAUACAAAUUCUGACCUUACGGCGAUCGCUCAGCGUUGCGGAUUUGAAAUCCUACAAGUUUUCCCUAUUAUCAUGCCAAUGUACAAAGAUGCAACUUAUGGUAACUGUGCAAUGCAUUACCACUUUAUCAGCAACAGAAAAGAGGGUCGAAAACUAGAAAACUACCAUGUCAACGGGAACGUCGUAGCAGCCUAUUCCAACAUGUUUAUAACCAUGCUACAUAGGCAUUGGACAAAUAAAGCUAAAAAAUAUUUGAUUGGCGGAAUAAAGGUUUGAAGAAAGUUGAUUGGAUGUAAUUUGACAUAGGAUGAAAGUGCACAUGAAAGGAUGUGGUGUAGA